UGACAGCUGUUCAUAUUCUACGAAUUUUCACAAAUCUCAGUAAAACAUUUAUUGCCCUUAAAUUUAAGAAUCAAAAUUAGAUAUUGUGUAUUAAAGAAACAUCUUCAUAUUCCCCAAACAUGACUGAAGUCGUUGAUAUGGCUGCCCGCCUCCAAUUGGGUCCUCGCGAAGGUGUAACUUAUCCAUUAACAGUUUCCUAUUGUGGCAAUUGUUCAAUGCCCAUUGAGUAUUGCGAAUAUUAUCCAGAAUAUGAAAAAUGUAAACAAUGGUUAGAGAAGAAUCUUCCAACUGAAUUUGAGCGUGUUAAGCUGGAAGAUGCUGCCAGCGGUGAUGCCGGCGACGAUGACAAGAAACGUCAAAAACGUGGUGGCAAGGGUCUGAUGAAAAUCAAGAAGAAGGAAGAAUUAACCAAGAAGAUCUGUGUUUCCCGUGCACCUCGUGGCAAGAAGAAGUCUGUUACAGUUGUCACUGGCUUGAGUACAUUCGAAAUCGACCUCAAAGUAGCUGCCAAGUUCUUUGGAACAAAAUUCGCCUGCGGAUCAUCUGUAACCGGCGAUGACGAAAUCGUCAUCCAAGGAGACGUCAAGGACGAUUUGUUUGACAUAAUUCCAGAAAAGUGGCCCGAGAUCGAUGAGGACUACAUCGAAGAUUUGGGAGAUCAAAAACGAUAGGUUAUCGAUGUCAUGUAUUCAAUUGGAAACACAAAUAAAAACAAACUAGUUAUUUUCUA